AUGUGGACCCCUCUAAUCAACUGUCUAUAUCUGUCCUAUAACUUUAUUUCUGCAGCUUCAACCCUCAUGGGUUCUUGUCAGCUCCAGGGACACUUUAGUUUGAAUGAAAUGUACCAGGCUGGAGAUGUUAUACUCGGAGGCCUGUUUGAAGUUCACUUUCUUGCAGUGUUCCCAGAGCUGAGCUUUAGAUCAGCACCUGAACUACCUUACUGUGAACAAUUUGAUAUGGCAAGCUUCCAGCAGGCACAGACUAUGGUUUUUGCUAUAGAUGAGAUCAACAAGAACCCAAAACUGCUUCCUAAAAUUACUCUUGGUUACCAUCUUUAUGACAACUGUGUGAUGCUAGGAAUGGCGUUCCGGGCUGCCAUAUCCCUAGUUAGUGGAACAGAGGAAUCUUUCUCUAACCUUAACUGUACUGGUCCUCCUCCAGUGAUUGGCAUUGUGGGGGAUUCAAAUUCCACUCCCUCUAUUGCAAUUUCCAGUGUUUUAGGACUGUUUCGAGUGCCUAUAGUUAGCUAUUUUGCAACCUGUUCCUGUUUGAGUAAUAGAAAACAAUACCCAUCUUUCUUUAGAACAAUCCCCAGUGAUGCCUUCCAAGUGAGAGCUAUGGUUAAUAUUUUAAAACAUUUUGGAUGGACCUGGGUUGGUCUUAUCUACAGUGAUGAUGAUUACGGCAACUAUGCCGCUCAGUCCUUUCUUCAGGACAUCCAGGUAUAUGGAGGGUGUGUUGCUUUUACUGAAAUUCUACCUCUAAAUAACAACCGCAAAUAUAUUGAACAUGUAGUUGGAGUGAUUCAGGCCUCUACAGCAAGAGUGAUAGUGGUGUUCUCGACUUCGACUUAUGUGUUGCCUUUAAUGGAUGAGGUGGUAUUGCAGAAUGUAACAAACAGACAAUGGAUUGCAAGUGAAGCCUGGGCUACUUCACCUGUGUUUCACACUCAGCGCCUUUUGCCUUUCCUGGGGGGCACACUGGGUAUCGCCAUCAGGCGUGGAGAGAUCCAGGGACUUCGUGAAUUUCUGCUACAUCUUCGUCCUAAAAACGAUCAACAUAAUAACAUGGUGAGAAUUUUCUGGGAGAAAAUGUUUGGGUGCAGAUUUAACCCUGGAGGCAAAGGAGACAAACAGUGUUCAGGGCAAGAGGAUCUGAGCAGCAAAGAUACAGCUUACAGCGAUGUCAAAGAGCUGAGGGCAUCGUAUAAUGUGUAUAAAACAGUGUAUGCCCUGGCACAUGCCCUUCAUGACCUGACGGAGUGUGAUGAGGAGAGAGGACCAUUCAGUGAAAACAGAUGUGCUGACAUAACCAAUUUACAACCCUGGCAACUGGUCCACUACCUACAGAAAGUGAACUUCACCACAGGCUUUGGAGACCACGUGUCAUUUGAUAAGAAUGGAGAUGCACUGGCCAUCUAUGAUGUCAUGAACUGGCACCCAAGCUCUGAUGGAUCGAUCAAUGUCCGCACAGUUGGAGUGGUAAAUGAAGGAGCAGCAACAGGAAAGGUGCUCACACUGGAUGAAGAUGCAAUUUACUGGAACUUUAAGAUGAAGAAAGCUCCACUGUCUGUGUGCAGUGAGAGCUGCCCCCCAGGAACCAGACAAGCAACAAGAAAGGGACUUCCUGUCUGCUGUUUUGACUGUCUGCCAUGUGGAGAUGGGGAAAUUUCUAAUGUAACAAAUGCUAUUGAGUGCACAGUAUGUCCAGACGAGUUCUGGUCUAAUACAGAUAAAGAUCAGUGUGUCCCCAAAGAAGUAGAGUUUCUGUCCUAUGAGGAUCCCCUGGGCAUCUCUCUGACCACUGCUUCCCUGCUUGGCACCUGCUUCUGUGCUCUUGUAAUGAUCAUCUUCUGUCAAAAUCGUAACACUCCCAUAGUACGAGCCAACAAUUCAGAGCUUAGUUUCCUGCUUCUGUUGUCACUCAAACUGUGUUUCCUGUGUGUACUGCUGUUCAUUGGCCGGCCACAGUUGUGGACAUGUCAGUUAAGACAUGCUGUGUUUGGCAUAAGCUUUGUUUUGUGUGUCUCCAGUAUCCUGGUUAAGACUAUGGUGGUAAUAGCCGUGUUCAAGUCCUCUCGACCAGAGGGAAAAGGAUCUAUGAAAUGGUUUGGGACAACCCAGCAAAGAUGUACUGUCCUCAUCCUAACUGCACUCCAGGUAGUAAUUUGCAUAGUCUGGCUAUCAAAUUCUUCUCCAGCUCCCAAUAAAAACAGCCAGCAUAUCAGUUCCAAAAUAGUUUAUGAAUGUGCAAUUGGCUCAGUGGCUGGUUUUUCUCUGCUAUUGGGGUAUAUUGGACUUUUGGCAGCAAUAAGCUUCCUGUUGGCCUUCUUAGCAAGAAACCUUCCAGAUAAUUUUAAUGAAGCGAAGUUCAUAACUUUUAGCAUGUUGAUUUUCUGUGCUGUGUGGAUUGCAUUUGUUCCAGCAUAUGUGAGCUCUCCAGGGAAAUAUGCAGUGGCUGUGGAAAUUUUUGCUAUUCUUGCUUCAAGUUUUGGAUUGUUAGGAGCGAUAUUUGCCCCAAAGUGCUUCAUCAUCCUUUUACAUCCAGAGAAAAAUACAAAAAAAGCCAUCAUGGGUAGACAAAUAGCUAAAUAA